AACCCGCUGGUGAUGACCAAUCGAUUAACUUUUCAGCGCAAACCAAUCCUCGGUUCUAUAGAUUUGUGCUCUUGAAAAUUCGAAGUGUGGCUUCGUUAUAUAUUCACUGUUAGUGUUAAAUUUGUGUACGUUUAAAAUUGUAUGUUAGCAAUUUUUAAUUGGCCAACGAAAAUGUUUAAAUUCUGUAAAGUUGCUUUUAAUUGCAAAAGAGUAUUAAAACAUUGGAUAAUAAUUUUCAAGUAUCAUUGAUCCACAGACAAUUGAUCAUUAUAAGUUUAUCAUGUACAAGUGGAUUACUAAAACAUUUUAAAAUUGUUUAAUUGGAUAUAGGAAGUAAAAAAUUAAAUUAAUUGAAAUAAUUUUGUUCAUCACUGAAUCAUGAAAACAUUGAUUAUGUUUAUUUUCGACAUUUUUCAUUAUGUUCAUUGACGCUCUCACCCGCUCUUACUAAUACCAUCAUAAGCUAUCAACAAAUUGCACCGAAACCGUUCGUUUUUCCGGUGUCAAUUGCUACACCGGUGCAGUGCACCGUCGGGAAUAAACGAAUUCGACAUUAGUCCUUCGGCAGAUUCCGAAUCGAUAGGAACGGUUUCGGAGUGGAAAACUAUUCGUUGUGAGAACGCAAUCGGUGGAUAGAGGAAAAGUGAUGACCACGUUCCCCAGUGAUCCUCAUCAUCAUUGGGAGAGUGCCAACGGUCAUAUGGAGCCACCAUUCCCGCCGGAGGUUUCACCAUUUACGCCGAUUUGGGGACAGGAAAAUCCCUCUCCGAUGGUACACUAUCCUGAGUUGAUGGCUGCUGGAUUUCCUUGUGCUGAUUUAGCAAUUUGGCCCCGCCAGCAAGUGGGCAGCUUCGUCAGCCAACGCCUGUCUCCACGGGGCGCUCAACCGGCCCCUUCCCAAUCGAGCACGAAGAAAACUCGCCGUCGGGUGGCAUCGAUGGCCCAACGCCGGGCAGCCAACAUUCGCGAGCGCCGCCGAAUGUUCAACCUAAACGAGGCGUUCGAUAAGCUGAGACGGAAGGUCCCAACAUUUGCCUACGAGAAACGACUUUCUCGCAUCGAAACGCUUCGUUUGGCUAUCACUUACAUUGGGUUUAUGGCGGAAUUGCUGAACGGAACACCGACGCACCAUGAUGGGCGGUCUCCGGAGCUGUAUCCGAACCUGGUUCAUCCGCACCAUGCAAACCACCUGCAUCCAUCCUUCCAUCAGCGAGAAUACAUCUCUCCGUAUGGGACUCAUACCGGAUAAUUGUUUUAUUUUUAGGUUUUGUACUAUUCUAAACCAAAGAGAAUUAUGUUUGUGAUGUUUCAAUACUCAGACAAGACCCAUUUGUUCUUCCAUUAGAUUAAGUCUUAACAUAAACAUGUGAAUAAAUUUGGGAAACUGAAAA